GGGGCCAGGCGCCGGAGGUGUCGGGGGAGGAGGCUGCGGCGGGGGCCGGCUUGGAGUGGGAUUCGGCCCACGGCGCUGACCGAGUGCUGGACCGGCGACCGACGGGCACCCUGGUUUGCGCGCACCGCUGCUCCGGGUCACCCCGGCCGAGGCGCUGGCUGCGGGAGACCUCAGGGAGGGCUCGGGCUGCCGGGCUGGGCGCCAUGUCCAUGGAGGACCCCUUCUUUGUGGUGAAAGGAGAGGUACAGAAGGCAGUCAACACUGCCCAAGGGUUGUUUCAGAGAUGGACGGAGCUCCUGCAGGGCCCCUCUGCAGCAACAAGGGAAGAAAUCGACUGGACCACCAACGAGCUGAGGAACAACCUCCGAAGCAUAGAGUGGGAUCUGGAGGACCUGGAUGAGACCAUCAGCAUAGUUGAAGCAAAUCCUAGGAAAUUCAACCUGGAUGCAACGGAAUUGAGCAUAAGAAAAGCCUUCAUCACAAGUACUCGGCAAAUUGUCAGGGACAUGAAGGAUCAGAUGUCAGCUUCAUCUGUGCAGGCACUGGCUGAAAGGAAAAACAGACAGGCGCUGCUAGGAGACAGCAGCCAGACCUGGAACGCUGGCGUGACGGAUCGAUACGGGCGCCUUGACCGAGAGCUGCAGCUAGCCAACUCCCAUUUCAUUGAGGAGCAGCAGGCACAGCAGCAGUUGAUUGUGGAACAGCAGGAUGAGCAGUUGGAGCUGGUCUCUGGCAGCAUCGGGGUGCUGAAGAACAUGUCCCAGCGCAUCGGAGGGGAGCUGGAGGAACAGGCAGUCAUGCUGGAUGACUUCUCUCAUGAGCUGGAGAGCACUCAGUCUCGACUGGACAGUGUGAUGAAGAAACUUGCAAAAGUGUCUCACAUGACCAGUGAUCGGCGCCAGUGGUGUGCCAUCGCCAUCCUCUUCGCAAUCCUGUUGGUCGUGCUGCUCCUCUUCCUGGUGCUGUGACGUCGGCCUCCUCAGGCCUUUCUGCACUCGGACCCGGGGAGAGGAGGACCAAGCACUCCGCCACUCACGCUCCUCUCCCCGACACACCUCUGCCCCUUCCUCUGUGUGACUCCACGGCUGAGACAGCCUCUCCCCAGCGCGGGAAGGGCAAGGCUGGAAGAGGAGAGAGGUGACCCGCGCUCCAGGCUGGAGAGUAGACGCCCGCUGCCCCUCGGUUCUGAGGACAGCGAGCCACUGCUUUGCCUUACUGGUCCUCGCUCCUUGAGGAAGACUGAGUCGUCAGAAGGAAGGACAGCCCCACUCACUGCCGCUGUUCUGCUGCUCUCUGGCAGCCCGUCCUUCUGCUCCGGCCCUUUCCCUGCUUAGAUGGUGGGUGCCGCUGUCCUUCAGAAGAAGCCUGGCAAGGAUGAGGGCGUUUGGGGAUGGACGUUUCCCACUGCUGUUGUCUCUUAGCCCCUGAGAGCUGGCCGUUGAUGAGGACACAAGGCUCAGAAACACUUCGUGACAGAAAUGCAGUGUUUCUUUUUGCUGGGUAAGAGCUGAGAUGAAAUUGCUUUUCCAGAUGUGUUUGUGGCCGGGCUGAGCAGCGGGAAUAGUGAAGUCCCUGGAGGGUUGGGGGUGCUGACGACAAAUGGCUGUAAUGGACAGAGGCACUUGAGGGCGGCAGCACCUGUGUUGGUGCCGCUUAAGGAGAGGCUGGCAAUGUCGCCAGAGGCCAGGCCAGAGCUGCUGACUGUCCGUCCCAGGGAUUUCUCCCCAGAGGUGCGGGGCAUCGUUAGUGCCCCUCCACACAGGGGUACACAGCCUAGCAGUUCCCAGUUGGCGGCACAUGCCUUCUCCUCAGCUGCCUUUCCUCCAGUGGCACCCAGAGUGAGGUGGAGGGCUCGGACAUUUGUUACAUCUGUGUAGACACUGUCCUGAUGCCAAAAGACUGGUUCCGGACCAGACGUCCCUCAUUCUGUGAGUAACAGUGUGGGCGGGUAAGAGAACUUGAGACUUCGUGCUCUAAGAAGCCCCUUGACGCCAUCGUGCAUUUGAAUAGCCAGCCAGUCCAGCUCCACUGACAGACGUGGAUUGGGUGGAAGAGACCGAACUGCUGACACUAAGCUUCAGGCUUCGGGUGACGUUGUAGACGCUUCAGAUGUGCGCGUAUGUAGAGGAUUUUAUAACAUCCCCGAUGAUGCAUAACCUGGUGUUAAAGUUGCUGUCAGGCCCAGGGCCGGCCUUUCACCAAGGAGCUGCCGCUCGGUCAUCUCUGUGCUGUGAAGAGCAGCAUCUGGACAGACUUUGACCUUUGACCUCCCUUGCUUUGCCUUUCUGUGCAUUCCUUAGCACGCCAACUUAAAAACAAAAUCCUGGGUUGUUCAUCUUCUUUGGGAUCUUGAUUUUUGGAUCCCUUUUGGUUUUGUUAUUCCCAGUGAUGUGCUUGCCCAGCUAACUUUUAAAUUGCACUUUUAAAUAAACAUUUGUAACAGUUUGUACAAGAAGGCUAUUUUAACUCGUUUAGGAUUAUGAUAGGUAAGGAAUCUACCUGUUGUUGAAAGCUAAAAGAUGUGUAAAACCAAAAGGGUCGUCAGCACCACGUUUACAUCCAGCUCUGGUGUUUGACAGAGAGACGCUAUUUCUUUUCAGAUUAGGGGAAAAUGUGAAUAUUACAAAGGGCUUCAAUGUAGGCUUCUGUGUUAUUUAUGUUUCAUGGAAUUUUAAGGUUUUGAAUAGUCUUCUGUGAACUUAGACCAUGGAUAGUCCUUAGAUUUGCAUUAAAAUAUAGAAGCCUUUUGUUAAACAUCAA